GUUAUGAACACCGCACAAUGAUCCCAGAGACGCAAUGAUCUGUCGAAACCAAAAGAUACAUGCAUUAUCUGGCUAGGCACUAAUAUCCUCCCCCAUUGUACGUAUCUCCAGAGUACGGCUGAGGCCAUCGCUGCGCUCCGCUUGAUGUACCUACAUACAUAUACACAGACCAGGGCCUCACGCGAAUUAAAGGGAUACCUUGACUUGGCCGGCACUAGGGCCCGAGCACCUGGCCUCUGGCCUAGUCUGUUGUACAUCCUUACCGCAUAGGACCUACUUUGACAGGCACUGGGCUUCGUUACCGGAUCAUCCUGCUGCGGCUGACAGGCGAGUAGCAACUGAACGAAGCCAUAAUUAUCUGCGAGUAGGCAUAUAUGAUCUCUUGGCAACGUUUCCUCUUCUCUGCCUUUCGCUGCCUCUCGCUGCCGGGGCAUAAUCGUGUAAGUCCAGGUUGCCCCUUGAUGCAUUGGGCUGACAGGAUCGAUCUGCCUGGGGAGCGAACCAUGCGGCAAAUAAAUCAUAAUGAUAUCGUUCUAGAACCCGGGGUUACUUCAUACUUAGAUAGAGAAGGAGAGAGAGUCCUAUAUUCGUUCGCGGCUCGCGCGAAGCUUUUCAUCGGCACCGACUCGCCGCGGACCAAGCUUUCUAUUCUUCUGCGUCGACGACAAGCCCCAAAGAGUAGCCCGCCAUGCCGACCCAGGAGGAGGUGAACAUCGAGGGCUACGCGGAAUAUGCCGCGGGGAUGGUGAUAUUCGUCGCCAGAAUCGUUUCCAGGUUACUGCUUGUCGGCUUUCAGGGGAUGACCUGGGAUGACGCCUUCACGGUUAUCGCUGCGACAUUCUGGACGGCAGACUUGGUGAUUCUGUAUUACAUAGGUGUCCACGGAAGCAGUGUUGGCCAGACGUUCGAAUCGGCCGACCUACUGGACGAUGCUACCGUCGAAAGCUUCAGGAUAGGAGACAAGUUGACAUUUGCCAGCUGGGUCUGCUAUAUCUGCCUCAUCUGGUCGAUGAAGGGCAUAGUCCUCUGGUAUUAUGAUCGCAUGACCUUGAAUCUGUGGCAGAACAUACUAGGCUAUUGGAUUCGUUGGCUGACUUUGGCGACCUUCCUUACUGCCAUCAUCUUCCAAUUCUCCCUCUGCACGCCCAUCGAGAGGGCCUGGCAGGUGAAGCCCUAUCCCGAAGAUAAAUGCGUCUUUCGUAAAGAGAACUACAUAUUAUACCCGAUCCUCAGCAUUGUAUCCGAUAUUGGUAUUAUGGCCAUUCCAUUGCCUCUGCUAUGGCAAGCUCGACUUCCGAUAGUGCGCAAGCUCGUUCUCGGCGGAUUUAUCGCGUCUGGCAUCUUCAUCAUCAUCGCCACUCUCCUCAGAACGUUCUACUCUCUCGGAUCCCUCACGGACCUGCUUGUAGCGACGCAGUGGGCCACUCGCGAAUACCUAGUUACGGCCUUCGUCGUCUCGGCGCCAGCGAUCAAGCCCCUAUUCAGCAAGCGCCUCUGGGGCAUGCACACGUCUUCGACAAAGUCGAGCAGCUACGCAGAUCGGUACGGGUCUGGCGGGUCCGCGCUGCGCUCGACGACAAAGAGCUCGAAGGGCCCCAGCCACUCCGUCGUCAUCGAGAGCCAGACGCAGGGGGAGUCUUCGGCGGGAAAGUCAUUCGAGAUGACCUCUCGAGGCUGGCCUAGGAAAGGGAACAAUCCGAAGAUACGGCUACAUAGCGACGCGAGUCAGGAACACAUCGUACAGUAUCCGUCCGACGAAGAAGUAGGGAUACAUGUCACCGAGUCGUACACGGUUUCCAGCGAAGAGAGGAAGUCCCAGACAUGAAAUGAUGUUUCUUUACGAGUUUUUCCAGCGCACGCAUCGCGGGGGGGCACGACUCCGGUGUGAAUAAAUGGUUGUAUGGUCAGGUCAGCUCCGCCGGAACGGGGCAGCGCCGGCACUCUUCCCCUCGACGGCUUUAGAUGCCGUGGGCUACCUGGUACCCGGAAAGAACCUGUGGUUACUUUGCAAUGUUUUUUUUUUUUUUUUU